AUGAGCGGCGCAGUUGGUUACAUUGGGUCAAAGAUCAGUCUUAUAUCACGGUCCGAUAUUCGUUAUGUUGGCAUUUUACACACCAUCAAUCAGGCAGACUCGACUGUCGCUCUUGAACAAGUACGUUCCUUUGGUACUGAAGGUCGUCGAGGCAUUCCUAGUGAGGAAAUACCACCAUCAGAUAAUAUUUUUGAAUACAUAGUGUUUCGAGGCUCAGAUGUUAAAGACUUGCACGUUUGUGAAGCUCCAGCUCCACAAACAUCUUUGCCGCCGCAAGUUCCCAAUGAUCCUGCUAUUCUGGGGACUACUGCCCCACGACCACCAAGUUUCCAAGGUUUUGGUCCUCCACCACCACUCGGCGUUCAACCACCAAAUUUUCCUACUGCUCAAUUAAAUCAAUAUUAUUUGAAUCAAGUUGCAGCUGCAGCGGCUUUCCAACAACAGCAUCAGCAGCAUUUUUGGCAGCAACCUCAAGUUCCACAACAACCUCAGUUGAAUAUCACGGAAGCUGCACCAAAAGAAGCUGAACAGCCAAAGACGCAACAACAGAAAGAGCAUACGGGACCCGAUAAGCCAGAGGAUCAUAAAUUAGAUAGUAAUCAGGUUACAUUGAAUAAAAAUCUUGCCAGUAAACCGGGCCCAAGUGCACGGUCAACUGUUGGGCAUGCUGUAAGCAUUCGUAAUGACUUGAUCAAGGAUGCGUCGUCAAGCGCGACAGUUGAGAAAUUGGCCAAAAAGGUUGGCGAAUUGAGCGUGACGGCUACUUCUACUACUACCACCACCGUCACUAAAGAGGCAAAUGGUGAAAGGCAAAGCACGCAGACUUAUGAACGAGCUGUUAAUAAUACUAAUACUACAGGCAGUGGCAGUGGCACUAGCAACAACAAUAAUAAUCGCAUGGGUGGACAUCUCGUCCAACCAGUCCGCCGAGGUCGUGGUAGUCGAAGAAACUAUAGUCAAAGUUACGAUCGAAACCGAAUUCCAGUUCCAGCCUCAGACUUUGAUUUCGAAUCCUCAAAUGCGAAAUUUAAUAAAGAUGAAAUUGUCAAAGAAGUCCGAAAGACUGUUCCAAAUCACGAUGCUGUUGCUAAAGAAGAGGAAGCUAUUGACACCCAUCCAAACACUGAAGAUGAAGACGAGGAAGAAAUUUUGAUACCUCCAGCUGAACUAUUCUAUGAUAAAAAUAAAUCAUUCUUUGAUAAUAUUUCUUGUGAGACAAAAGAGCGUUUGGAACAACAAGGGCCUGAUGGACGUCGUGGUCUAUCUGUGUCCGAACGAAGACAAAAACAAUCAGAGGAGAGGCGAUUGAAUCUCGAAACUUUUGGUCAAGUUUCCAUCGACGGCGGAAGAUACCGUGGUGGCUAUCGAAGUCGUGGUUACAGAGGUGGGAGAGGCGGAUACCGUGGAAACCGAGGUGGUGGAAGUAACAGUGGUGGUGGUAGUAAUAGCGGAUAUCGGGGAGGAUAUUCCAGCAACUUCCGGGAGCUGGAUAUAUUGCAGAAUCGUAAAAAACAUCCGACCUCGAAAAACAUAUCCUGGUACUUAGCAAUGAUAUUAAAAAAUGCAGAGGCAGAAUGUGAUCGAGUAUCGCAAGAUAAAAGAUUUUUCUUUUUUCGAGCAUACGUUUUUUUCGCUUAUGAGAAUAUGACUUAUUUAGAGGUUGAAAAGAAUGAUACGGAUAUCAAUUUGGUCCUUGAGGAUCCAGUCCAGAUCGGCGAUGGGAGUAUCUUUGGUAUCGGGGCUUUGGAUUAUAUGGAAAUGGUUCGACUAUCUGAGGGCAUGAUCUCUUCAAUCCCCCUUGGGGCAGGCAUAGCAUUGGUCGAUGGAAAGAAGUCAAAGGCGAAGAUGAGCAGAACCAAGAAAACAUGA